AUGCUCAUCCUGCCACCGUUCACCGGCCUCUUGUACUGGAUCUACCACAAGUGUGUGGCAGCACGACCGCGCGAAACGUUGCACUAUGCAGGCGCAUUGUCUGCUGUGGAUUUGAAGGCCAAGCGGCCAUCCCAUCAAAGAGCCGUGCCGGGGAAAGCAGCCGGGGUUGCCGCCGUGCCUGUGUGA